AAUAAAGUUCUUACAAAGUGACCUUCACGGAAUUCCCUCCUACGAACGCACAAGUACGACUUCGCGCAUGCGCCCCACCCUCCAAUCGGUUCGACCUCUGCUGCCGAGACAGGCCCGGGUGUUUAAGAACAAUCCGACAGUAGGAGCAAAAAUCCAAUAAAGCCAACAGAAUGUACGCCUGUGCGAAGUUUGUCUCCUCUCCAGCCUUGGUCCGUACUGGAUCCCUCUCACUCUUCAGACCCAUUUCUGCAACAGUGCUGUCCCGGCCAGAGGUCAGAACUGGAGAGGGCAAACUUGCUCUUGUGAGUGGGACACAAAGCCCCUUUUCCCAAAUAGCACUAAGAGAGUUUCAGACCAGCGCUGUCAGCCGAGAUAUUGAUACUGCUGCCAAGUUCAUUGGUGCUGGUGCUGCCACCGUUGGAGUAGCUGGCUCUGGAGCCGGUAUUGGAACAGUGUUUGGCAGUCUCAUUAUUGGUUAUGCCAGAAACCCUUCCUUGAAGCAGCAGCUAUUUUCUUAUGCCAUUCUGGGGUUUGCCCUGUCUGAGGCCAUGGGUCUCUUCUGUUUGAUGGUUGCUUUCCUGAUCUUGUUCGCCAUGUAAUGAUUCUGCUUGUAAAAUUGGCUUGGUUAUAAGCUAGAAAUGUGACUACGUGUUUUACAGUCGAUAUCAGAAUCAUUUUGUCAUGGACGUGUAUAUUUUCCAAAGUUUUGUUGAAACUUGUCAAAAUAAAGAAAACAUUGAACAUGUAGUGUUGUUAGAAUACAGCCGAUUACACAAUUAAACGUGGAUCUGACAGUUUAAAUAUUCA